AUGUCCCGCCUAAGGUCCCUUCAAUCCCCGAUCGUCCGGAACACGCCCUCUCCAUCGGCAACUCCGCCUCGGUCACGUCAAUCGACUUCCAAUCCAUACCCACAAGAUACCUCGACGUAUCACCGUAAACUCAGAGCCAUACUCGGCGAGGUGGACAAUUGCAUGGACGCAUGGGAUGAAGCUACAAAAGAUGGAUUCAUGGCCCUGAAGGGGAUCGUAGACGAAGGUACCGAGAUGGAUAACUUGGCUGCCAUGGAGGUAUCGGUAUCAAGACCACCACUCAUACCACAUUACGUGGAGUACAAUAAACACCUAGACCAAACCGUCACCAUCUUUCAACGGCUCAACAAGAUCCUAGCAAAGCUGAGGAUCCUCCAAGAAACCGCUCGACAGCUCUUGGCAGAAUGCCUCACUUUGCGGGACGUCGAGUUCAGUCUGGUCGACCCGUUAUGGACGGAUUGCGGCGGAACUUGGACAUUGGAGAGGUUCGUCGUCUCCCUCGACCCCUUGGCUUCCCAUCACGCCUUGCACCUACUCUCCCUACAAAUCCAACACGACAUCAUCCUCCAUCCAUCCACCGCGGUAUCCCAAUCAUCAAACUCCUCGACCUCGAAAUCGAAUCUCUCCUCGAAUUCUUCGGGCAAUACAACAUUUGACGUUCAAAAAGCUGCCCUGGAAAAGUAUCGAGACUUGAUGUACCGCAGCGAUCGUCAGACAUGGAGAUCCGAGUGGGAAGAGUUGGUCGAAGGGGAGAUGGGAGGGUGGUUGGAUGGAGGUGAUUCGGAUUCGGGAGAAGCCGGGGCUGGGAACGGGAACGGCAAUGGGGGUGGGAGGUCGGGGUAUUCGAGUCCGGGUGGAGGGAAAAAGGCAAGAGGGGGACGCGGGGGCAGUGUAGAACCCCCCGAUUAG